GAAUCUUCCUUAUGCCUCAUACAAAGCGGCGAGCUACAGCUCGUCUUCGGAUAUAUACACCUUCAAGAACAUCCGUUAUGCAGCCCCUCCUGUGGGAGAUCUGCGCUGGGCAAAACCCGCUCCGCCCCUCAACGAGUCAACACUCCAGGAUGGCAGCUACGGGCCCAAGUGCGUGCAGUCUGCCGUCACCGGACUCAACCUUGUCGGUCCUGGAAACAAUGCCCCGAUCGGGGGUGCCAUCAAUCAAUUCCUAGGAGGCAUCCCUGUGCCGCUCUUCGAGGGCGGCCAGGAGGACUGCCUGUUCCUGGACGUUUACGUGCCCGGGUCGGCCCUGAGGGACCCGUCCCUGAAGCUCCCGGUCGCGGUCUGGAUCUACGGCGGCGCAUACGUCUUUGGCAGCAAGGACGCGUUCCAGCCGGACCUCCCCAUGUACGACGGGAGCGGCAUGAUCCUGAACUCGGGGAACAAGAUGAUAUUCGUCGCCAUGAACUACAGACUCGGCGCGUUCGGGUUCUUGGCCGGCACCACCAUGGAGAAGGAGGGGCUCCCCAACGCCGGCCUGUGGGACCAGCGGGCGGCGUUCCGGUGGGUUAAGGACCAUAUUCACCUCGUGGGAGGCGACGGCGGCGCCAUCACCGCCAUGGGACAGUCGGCCGGUGCGGGCUCCAUCAUCCACCACCUGGUCGGACAGGGCGGGAAGCUCGACCCCCUAUUUUCCAAAGCCAUCCUCCAAUCGCCGGCGUACCAGUGGAUGUGGGAUCGGGCAGGGACGGUGCAGGAGAGGUUCGACCAGUUCGCCUCCCUCGCCGGCUGCAAGGGGCAAGGGGUCUCCUGCCUACGGAAAGCCAGUCCGCAGGCCCUCGCGGGCGCCAACAAGGCCCUCAACGGCCAGGUGACGCCGGGGUCUUUCGCCGUCGGGCCCACGGUAGACGGGAGCUUUGUCCGGCAGCUCCCGGCCCUGGAGCUCGCCACGGGAAACUUCUUCAAGCUCGACUCGGCCGUCGUCUCGCACUGCUCGGACGAGUCGUCCCUCUUCGUCAGCGGCGCGGUGGACUCGGACCAAAAGUUCGACUCCUUCCUGACGGCGACAUUCUCCAACCACUCCAUCGUCGCCGGCGCCGGGAAGCUCAUCCGGGGCCGCUACCCGUCGUCGGCGUACGCGACGCAGAGCGCCAGGGUGCAGGCGUUCCUGCGCGACAGCUGCUUCACGUGCCACGCCCGGCACUUCACCGAGGCCGUCGGCGGCGCGGGCCGCCCGGUGUGGAACAUGCAGUACUCGGGGACGCCCGGCUGGCACAGCACGGACCUGAUCCCGACCUUUUACAACCCAAAGUUCAGCUCCGACACGCUGCUGGGGCGGCUCGGGUCGCUCUUCUCGCCCCUGAUAGCCGCCGUCAUUGGCGGCGUCAGCAGCGGGAUGCAGAGCUACUUCACGUCGUACGUCACGACGGGGGACCCCAACAGGCGGCGGCGCCUCCUCAACCUGCCGCCAACGGUCCAGUGGGACCAGCCCGACGUCGGGGGGGAGCAGGUCGGAGGGGUCCUCAACGUCGGGGACUGGGGGUUCGGCACCAUAUCCGACGGGGAGCAGCCCAAGUCGGCGUGCGACUUUUGGCGGUCCCUGGCGGCUGGCGUCACCAGCCUUGGCGGCUAUGCGCCACCCGGGGCCGUUGUUUCACAGAGCCUGAUACAGAUUGAGGCCCCGGACGAUUCUAGCGCCCGUUACAUCGGAGGUAACGCAUGAUGGCUAGCCCGGGCCCGGCAGAAGGUUCCUUUUGUUUCGACGCCAGCCAGAGAUGGGCAGACAGGCUUGGCUGGGCAAGGGGUUUAAUAACCUAGGG